GUUUCGAGCUAAUAUCGGGACACAGUUCGUUAAUGUACUCUGGCGUUCUUGGAUUACAGUCGUACGAGACCCGGCCAGUCUCAAAUUUCGUGGAAUCCAAACAUUUACUAUUGGAUUGUUACUUGGACUAAUCUACUUAAACCAAAGCAUCAAUCAAGAAGGAGUGAUGAAUAUUAAUGGUCUGCUCUUCAUUUUGGUGACAAACACUUCGUUUUCGAGUCAGUUCAUGGUUGUUAAUGUAUUUCCUCUCGAGAUGGGUGUGAUUCUAAGAGACUUCAAUAGCAAAUUAUAUUCCGUUGAAAUAUAUUAUUUUUGCAAAACAUUGGCUGAU